CUCCGAUUCCUCCUGGGCGGCCGGGAGCCUCCGCGUCCUUCUCGCCUCUCUUUGCGGGCGCUUGUGGGGCGGCAUCCAUGGCUUUGGCUGGGCUCCCCCUGGUGCUGCUGGUGGGGGCGCUGGGCCGGAUCCCCGGAAGCGAAGGGGGGAAGGAGACCCCCGCCCAUUUCCUCUACCAGUGGAAGGCCGAGUGCCGCUUCCUCAACGGGACGCAGCGGGUGCGGUACCUGGAUAGGGACAUCUACAACGGGCAGGAGAUUGACUACUUCGACAGCGACCUCGGGAAGUUCGUGGCCGUCACUCCGUUGGGGCAGCCCGAUGUGGACUAUUGGAACAGCAAUGAGCAGUACGUGCAGUACCUGAAGGCCGCUGUGGAUUCCUUCUGCCGAAGCAACUACGAGAUCGGCAGCUACGAGGCGGCCAAGAGGGAGGAGCGCGUGG